AAGCAGUCCACACACGUUAUAUGAUACCAUACAUAUAGUUAGAUUUUAUACCUCAGUGUUCUAGUUUGAGACUCACAUGUAAUGCUACGAACAAGACAAGGAUGUGAUUGACAUAAAAUGAAGUCUGAAUCAGAUCACAGAUUAUAAUGUAAGUGUGUAUGAAUUAAGUUGAUACAGGCAGGAAGUAUAAAUAGCGUGUCAGCUGAGAGGCUGAUAGUGAGAAGUGUUUGACUAAAAAUGGGAAACACAUAGAUCAUACUUUCUAUUUUACUAAAGUACCCUUGCUGUGACUUGCACCGCGUAAGUGAUGUUCAGAUAUCAAUUGUCAACCGGAUAUGGUAGCAUGAUAAUACUCUGAAGAUUCUAGGAACCGAAAUCAAAUGUGAAAAAGAAAAGAUACAAUUGAAAUUGACAUCUGUAUUUAAAUCUGUGUGUAAAGUGGAACUAAUGUGAAACAACACAAAGGCUAUAGACAGUGCGUAUAAAUAUGGGAGCUUGCUGUGCUAAAAAGGAGCAAACAAAUGAUACGAAACUAAAUGACAUAACAUCAGACAGUAGUGAACCAGAUUCCAAGACGGGGAACGCAGGUAGCAAGAAAAAAGAACGCUACACUAAGGACCCAACAUCCUUAGCGUCAGCUGAACAACCCCCACCCACUCCAACACCUCACAAAUCGUCACUGAGAGCCCUGUAUGACUAUGAUGCACGAGCUGAUGAUGAUCUGAGUUUUAAGAAGGGAGAUCUUUUAUACCUCUUAGAUGACAGUGAUACUGAUUGGUGGUUUGCCAAACAUGCCAACCCUAACUACAGCAAUACAAAGGUUGAGGGAUAUGUUCCCAGAAAUUACGUAGCCAAGGAAGACUCACUGGAGUCUUAUGACUGGUUUAUGGGAGCUUUAUCCAGAAAAGAAUCUGAGCGACUGCUUCUCUCCCCAGGAAAUGAGAUGGGAUGUUUCUUAAUUAGGGAAAGUGAAACCAGUCCAGGAAACUAUGUACUUUCUGUGAGAGAUUAUGAAGAUGCUAAGGGUGACACAGUUAAACAUUACAAAAUACGCAACAUGGACAAUAACCGAGGUUAUUACAUUGCGGCACGAAGGGUCAUGACCUCCCUACCAGAACUCAUCAAUCACUACUCAGGUCAGUCUGAUGGGUUGUGUCGACAAUUAUCGAAACCAUGUCCUAAAUCGAAACCAGUCAUCAGUCUGAACAAAGAUGCCUGGGAAAUCCCGAGAGAGUCACUUGAGUUCAGCAGAAAACUGGGAGCAGGGCAGUUUGGAGAAGUCUGGAGAGGAAAAUGGAACAAAACCACAGAUGUCGCCAUAAAGACACUAAAGCCAGGGACCAUGUCAAAAGAUGCUUUCCUGGAGGAAGCUAACAUCAUGAAACAGUGUAAGCAUGACAAACUGGUCCGUCUGUAUGCUGUGUGUACGGACAUAGAACCCAUCUACAUCGUCACCGAGCUGAUGUCCAAGGGAAGUCUGCUGGACUUUCUCCGUGACGAUGAUGGACAGAACCUGAAGUUCCAGCAGCUGGUGGAUAUUGCAGCCCAGAUUGCUAGUGGUAUGGCGUUUUUGGAAGAGAAGAAGCUGAUCCACAGAGAUUUGGCUGCUAGGAAUGUGUUAGUUGGUGACAACAACAUUGCGAAGGUGGCAGACUUUGGCUUGGCUCGGGUUAUUGAGGACGAUGAAUACAACCCAAAGCAUGGUACAAAGUUCCCCAUUAAGUGGACAGCCCCAGAGGCUGCCUUGUAUGGUCGAUUCACCAUCAAAUCUGACGUCUGGUCGUACGGAAUUCUUCUGGUAGAAACUGUGACACAUGGCCAGGUCCCAUAUCCAGGUAUGCAGAACCGUGAGGUUUUGGAGCAGGUUGAUCGUGGUUAUCGCCAGCCCAAACCUGCUAGGUGCCCAGAUUCCAUGUACGAAAUGAUGCUCAAGUGCUGGGACAAGAAGGCUGCGAACAGACCGACCUUUGAAUACUUAUUCAACUUUUUUGAUGACUAUUUCAUAUCAACAGAGCCGAAUUAUAAAGACCCGGAUGACUAAUAUUUGACUUUGGUUUUACCAGGGGCACCUUUUUUUCGCUAUUAGCUUUACUGCUUUUUUGCACUAGUGUUCGGGGUAUAAAUACUUCAGGAACUAUUUUCAUUAAAACUGAGAUGUUUUGUACGUCUGCUCCCUGUUGUUAGGUAUGGCGAAUCGUGAGGUGUUGGAACAAGUGGAGAGAGGUUACAGACAGCCCAAACCACCACACUGUCCAGAUUCCAUGUAUGACAUUAUGAAGAAAUGCUGGGAUAAAAAACCAGCCAACAGACCGACAUUUGAAUAUUUGGCCAGUUUCUUUGAUGAUUAUUUUGUAUCUACUGAACCCAAUUACAAGGAAGCAGAUGAAUAAUGCAAAAUGAUUGUAUAUCAAAAAAUUAUCAUAGAUGGUAGAAGAAUUAUUGUUUUCUGCAAAUUGUAUUUUUAUGGUCUGUAGUCCUCAGAUUAAUGAUUUGAUACAUAUACUUUGUGAGUAAUCUUUUUACAGGUCAUAUAAGAUUUAUUUUUUUAAUAUCUGGUAUUUAUACAUGUAUACUAUAUCAAAUAAGUGUCAUUCUUGUGCUGUUUACAAGUUCAGUCAUAAACUACUAAGAACAGCAUAAUAUGAGCUUUGUGAUAUUUUUUUUUUGUCUGAAUAAACAACGAGCCUCUGAUGUGCCAUGUGUAGUGUCAUGGUGGAACUUUUAUGAUUGGUCACUGAAGUUCAAGGGACAACUCAUAGAUGUUUUGUCAUCUUUUGAGAAAGUGAAUAUACUAUGAAAAAUGUGCCUUAAAUCAUAUGACGCCGAGUUGUUUGUAGUAGAUACAAUCUGAGAAUUGCUGAAAAACCAUCCAGAACUGGACCAGGACCAAAGAUAAACAUAUACCGAUAGUGAUGUCAUAUGUCAGUUGAUGCGGUGAUUUCUAUGUACAGAUAUAAUCAAUAAUUAUGUUUUUUUUAACCUUUACAACGUAGCAGUGUAUUUCCCAUGGAUAUACUAGCUGAUACAUUGUUUAUGUACACAGCAGUGUAUUUGACAUGGAUAUACUGAUGCAUUGUUUAUGUACACAGCAGUGUAUUUGACAUGGAUAUACUGAUGCAUUGUUUAUGUACACAGCAGUGUAUUUGACAUGGAUAUACUGAUGCAUUGUUUAUGUACACUGUUUUAAUGUUUUGUACUUUUCCAACAUUCACUGUAUACGAUAUCAUUCUUAUCCAUUCCAGACACAACUAAACUUAUUUUUUAAUUAUACAAAUGUUUUCUGUUUUAUCAUUAGACAUCUUUAUUGCAUGGAGUGUGAAAGAGAAAGACUGGGUGCCUUCCUAUAUAUAUGUAUAUUAUAUCAAUUUUCAAUACAUUUGCUUUCCGUUUUAUAUGUCAGAGUUUUGUUAUUUCAUUGUAACAAUAUUUUUAUGUCUUAUUAUUAAAUGCACAUGUUCCUAGGUAGCCUCUAUAUUUAGAAACAAUAAAUGCUAUAUUUUCUUCAUCUUCCUUUAAUCAGAAAUGUUCUUGUACUCAUUUGAAUUUGAAAAUUAUUUUUCUACAGAUCAUGAAUAUAUACACAAAGCAGAAAUAUGUUUACAUGUUCAUCUCCAUAGUCAUCUGUUUUGAUAUAUUUUUUUUAUAAUAGUGUUAGCUAGUGCUUGCCAAUCUCUUCAAGAGAAAGGGGAACAAAAUUCAAUCCUAUUUUCAUUGUUAGAUCAGAUACACAUCUUCAAUAGCUAUGUUGCUUGUAAAGAAGUGCUGAGUUAUGUGAGUCCCAUUGUCUGUUGAAAAGAAAUGUAAGCAUAUUUGUUAAAAACAAGUUCUAAUUGGAAUUGCGUUAUAUUUCGUUACUCAGAUUUUGCUCUGCAAAUGUAUUAGAUUCAUUGAACAAAUAUUUAAAGAGGUAUAUGCACAUUUAAAACUAUUUUCAACAUUUAUAUGAUGUGUAAAUUGGAUGCUUUUUCAUGUUAUAUGUACUGGUGUCAUGUAGUGGCCUUUCCUCCCAGUCAAUUUUUCUCCUGGAGAACUUACUAUAUGAUGGAUCUUGCACUAUUAGGGGAAAACCCACAAUAUGACACUCAUGGCCUAGUGGUACUAAUAAUUUGAAAUUGAAAUCCUUGUACUAAAUAUAUUGGCAAAUCAAAUUUCAAAUUCUAUUUACAAAUUAAAAUUUGAAAUAAAAUGGAGAACAAUUAUGUACACCUAUGAUUUUUAUUGUUGAUACAUUUCAAAAUUGUUCCCUUUGUUUUGUUUUUUGGUUCGAAUAUCUACAGAUAAGCAAGAAGGCAUUUGUGAAAGAUAAAAGGAUGUAUCGGCACAUUUAUAAUGUUUUGUAUAUAAUUUUAAUCUAUAAAAAAAUUAAAUGUAUUUACAUGUAAUAUAUAUUCACAUUGUAAUGAUAUAAAUAUGUCAUUUUUAA